AUGCCCGAUUUGCUUCUGUUAACCCUUUCGCGAAGAUUCAUGUUUCCUAGCACUUCUCUUCCUGCUUUCGGAAUAGAUGAGGGCUUUGUAAACCGUUAUUAUAGGGCAAUGUGCCUUCAUGGACCUGUGAAUUUGUGGCUGGUGUUCGUACCCUUCACUGUAAUUUUAGACGUCCAGACAGUACCAAUUUAUUUGGCGGUCCUGAAUUCUAGAAAGUACUUUAAAGUGUAUCAUUUUCGGGACAUGUCGAGUGUUAGUCUUCAAAAUCUGCUUUCCACCACUGGGACAGACGACAGCGAUGACAGGUCUAUGCAAGAUGAACUGCUCACCACCAGUCGUACGAUCACAAUGUGCCAUUUCAUCGUCUUCAACUUCUGUGUUGGUUUCUUCGGAUACUAUAUUUGGCUAAUAUUUCCGAGGCCGAGAUCCAAUGAGGCCACCGAAAGUGAACGUAAAUCUACUGAUGAAAUUCGAUGA